AAGCCGCCGCCGCCGCAGCCUUCUCGGACGCGCCAGGCGUUUGAACGGACCGGAAGUGGUGGUUUAACGACUUCCGGCAGUUGGGCACGGAGGAGUCAGGAGUGCCGGGAAUGGCGACCAAGAAGCUUGCGCGGCAGCUUGGAUUAAUUAGAAAAAAGUCAGUUGCACCAGCAAAUGGAAAUCUAGGAAGAAGCAAAUCCAAGCAGUUGUUUGACUACUUAAUUGUCAUUGAUUUUGAGUCAACAUGUUGGAAUGAUGGGAAACGCCACCGGAGCCAAGAAAUAAUUGAAUUUCCAGCAGUAUUGCUGAACACAUCAACUGGGGAGAUUGAAUCUGAGUUCCAUGCUUACGUUCAGCCUCAAGAACAUCCGAUUCUUUCUGAAUUUUGCAUGGAACUGACAGGCAUAAAACAGGCUCAAGUAGAUGAAGGAGUCCCCCUGAGGAUUUGCUUAUCUCAGUUCUGUAAAUGGGUUCAGAAGAUUCAGCAACAGAAGAAAAUUAUUUUUACUACUGGGAUUUCAGAUCCGCCUAAUUCCGAAGUAAAAUUAUGUGCAUUUGUUACUUGGUCAGACUGGGACCUGGGGGUUUGCCUGGAGUGUGAGUGUAAAAGAAAACAGCUGAUAAAACCCAUGUUCUUAAAUUCUUGGAUUGAUCUCAGAGUAACUUACAAGAUUUUCUAUAGAAGAAAACCAAAAGGACUGAGCGGCGCCCUGCAGGAAGUAGGAAUAGAAUUCUUAGGACGAGAACAUUCUGGGUUGGAUGAUUCUCGGAAUACUGCCCUGCUUGCUUGGAAAAUGAUCAGGGAUGGUUGCUUAAUGAAAAUUACAAGGUCCUUGAACAAGGUUCCCACUAAGAAGACUUCCAGCGUUUUCACCAGAAAUUUGAAUACGAAUCAAGUUGAAGAAAGGUCAGCCUGCAACAGUAGCAUUCAGGGUCUGAGCAUAUAUGAUAGGGAGCUUAAAAAUACAGUAAAUUCUCAUGAAAAAGUUCAAAUGAGGUCAGUUGGUGUAAAUUCUUCUAUAAAGGUACAGCAAGACCACCUCCAACUAAAAAGCAAUAUAAAAGCAGGUCUUCAUAAUGCCAAAAGCUAUUUAUCUCUUUUUAAUACAAAGUCCUCUACUUCUGUGGAGCAGUUGCCAUCUGCCAGCUUGAAUACACCUAUGCAGAAGCACAUAAGAAACAAACACCUUGCAUUUAGUACCAAAUCUAAGUCUUCAGCAAUUGGUUCAGAAUUGGUACUUGUAUCAACUACCAUUUCAUCUGUUAAUCAUGUUUCUGAUACGGAAAUGAGUUCUGCUCUUGAUUGUUUACCUAUGUUGGCUGACUGGGAGGAUGUAGCUUUACUGCCAGCAUCUCAGCCUGAGCAAAGUAUAGCUUGUAUACCUUCCACUAGUGACUCAAACUUAGAUACUUCAUUUAAUUCUAUAGAAAGAUUAAUGGUUUUAAAAGAAGGCACAGAAGAAACCCCUCAAAAAUCUGGGACCUCUAAGUCUGUCGUAUAUAAGAGUCCACAUACUACUAUUUAUCAUGUGGAGGAAGCCAAAGAUCCAGAUUCAGAUGCUUCUGACUUUAAAUUACCUGAAUGCAAAUCAAGUAGCUUCAACAGUGUUAAUGCCACUAUGUCUCAUCCUUCAGUUUUGGGGAAAUACCCCCACCCUUUAGGUAGUACUAAAAGGAAUCUAUCCAGUCCUCUAUCUUUCCCACCAGCAAAAAAACAGACCCUCACUGUUCAUGAAGAAAAACCUACAUCAUCUGAUGGCUCCCCAGUGAGAAAUUGUUCCCGGAAGGUCCUCCCCUCUAUCUUAGCUUCUACAGUUAACCUACAAGAGCCUUGGAAGAGUGGGAAAAUGACACCUCCUUUAUGUAAGUGUGGCCGAAGAUCUAAGAGACUUGUUGUUUCUAAUAAUGGACCAAACCAUGGAAAAGUCUUCUAUUGUUGUCCAGUUGGGAAAUACCAAGAAAACAGAAAGUGUUGUGGUUAUUUCAAAUGGGAAGAAACACUUCAAAAGGAAAGAGCCAAUAGCAGAGUUCUGUCUCAUUCUCCAAGGGGACUCACUUUUAGUUCCCCAAAAGUAAGCCAUAUAUGUAACAGAAACGUAAAUUUUUCUAAAAAUUCAUUGAGACUCAGACCUUCAAUGAGGAAUUGAUAAACUUUCUCUACAUUUAAACUAUGCUUUUACUUUAAUUUGACUUUUUGUGUGAUAAAGAGAAAAAAGUAUAUAGGGCUACAAGUUAUGGGGACUUAGCAUAUCUUGAGUUCUAUAGACUAUAUUGGGGCUAGUACACAUACACACAUACAUACAUACACACACACAGUAAAUAGAGAAAAAAAUCAAUUUCACAGUCUUCUAAUUUCAUCAGUUAUCUAACAUGUGUCUUCCAUUCAUGUAUGAAUCCUGGUUGUUCCUUGAAUUUCCAAACAUCAUGAGUAUUCUGAUAAUAGUUGUAUACUGUUUUAUUUUUAUAUAUUAACACUUGCCAAAUUUAUCAUACUUUUUUGAAGAACCACAAAUUAAAUAUUUUGUAUACUUUAUUGAUUAGAUACAUGCAACGGUAGUAUGAUGUUCUUCUUUAGUUAGACCCUGAAAUGAGUUUAAACUAUUUUUAAGUUACUUGAAUAAAAAUAUGACUAAUAAAAAUCCCUAACCUGUUUUCAAGUAGAUACUUAGACUUUGAGAAUUAUGAUCAUCUUCUAACUGAUAUUUUUAUUUUUCUAAAAACUUUUAUAAUAAGUUGUUUAGUUUUAUUUCAAAACUUGAAGAUUUGUUCUGAUUUGUAUAUCAACGAGUCAGAUGAAUGAUUCAACCAACAGGUCAGAAAUUUGAUUCAGAUACUAUAUGCUUUAAAAUUUUCUCAGCAAUUGAUGGCAUUGUUUUCAUAUUGCCAAAAUCAUAAGAACAUUGACACUAAUGCAGAGGAAUUUUAUUCUAAAUAAAUGUUCUAAAUACUUUAUUUCAGAAUUCAGCCUCUGAUGUUAUACCCACAAGAUAUUUUAUUUUAUUUUUUUAAAAGAUUUUUUUUUAAGUACUCCACACCCAGUGUGGGGCUCAAAAUCAGAACCCUGUUAUCAAGAGUUGCAUUCUCGACUGAUUGAGCCAGCCAGGUGUCCCAACCACAAGAUAUUUUAAAUCAACAACUUAUAAAUAUAUUACCACAUUUGUCAUCACCUCCCUAUACUCUUGUGGUUUGGACAGAAUCUUUGUUUUAUAGAUACUGUGAUAAAUAAUAGAACAGAUUUAAAUUGUUUCCCAUUCUUUCUUCCUCAGUUCAUUUCUUUUGAUCUUCCCGCUGAUAGUCUUUGGCAGCUCUUGAACAAAUUCUACCUGUUGGGAUCAAGGGAAAAAUUUAGCCCAGAAGUUUUCAUCUUUAGAAAGUAAGUUAUAUAGCAGUUAUUAUCUCUAGGUGAAAGAAUUAGGACACCCAUUUGGGUCAGUUUUGGUAAUAAUCAGAAACGGAGAUGGGUGUUAUUGAGGAGAUGUCGCUUAGUAUUUAGAAUUUACUACAAGUCCAGUAAGCCAAAUGACCCAGCAAAUUAUGCCAAGAGUUUCAUUUUAAUCUCAAAGAUUCUGAUUCUUAUCCAUGUCAUUAGUUCAGUUUGGAAUAAUUAUUAAAUUUUUUUUUUUUAAAAAGCUGAAAUUUGUCAGAAUGCUAAGCAAAUUGUCAUCAUAAUUAGAAUACCUACCUUUCUGGGAUAUUUGUAAGGUGCUGUAGUUUUUUUUACAUGCUCCUGAAUCUCCUUUUUUAGUUUUUCUUGAUCAUGUGACAUGUAAUCAGGGGCCAAAACAAUAAAAGCCUUUACUACCUGCAAAAAAUAUUUGAAACAAAAGGAAGAUGAGUGUAUAUUUUUAUGUUUCUCUAACUGGGAAUCUAAGUGCUUGCUGGGGUGGGCCAGAAGGCUUCAUAGUGUUUAAUCCCAGCUCUGUGCUCUUAAGUCAGCCAGUUUGAGUCUCAUAACUCUUCAUCUGUAAUACAAGAGAGUUUCUGGGACCUCUGCUUUGUUAAUGAUCUUAACGAAUUAGAACUUUCUCAUCUAACUACAUCUUGAACUCUGCCCUCUGACCUGCUUCUGUUUCUGAGCUGUUUUUGCUCUUGACUUCUUACCUCAUCUUUUAUCUCCUUCAAGAAAAUUUCCUUUUAGAAAAAAAAUAUUUUCCUUUUAGGAACUCAACAAUGCACUAAGCACAGACUUUUGGGUAACAUCUUAGCCUGGUCUAGCCUAGUUUCUAGAUCCCUACCCUCACUGUGCCCCUUAUAAAGAUUAUUCACACUGAGUUUGCUCUAUCCUUGUUGAAGGGAACAGUUCAUUCAAGCUCUGCACUCUUCAUUCCAGAGGUACUUAUGUUGAUAAUAAGGCUGUGAAAAUUCUGACAGACACUUUGCUAUUACUCCGACCAAUUUACCUGACCUUGAGGAACAAGAGUAGAAAAUGGUGGUGGUCUUGCCGUCUAAUUGGCAGAAGACAGGGAGGACUUCAUCACUUUAUGCUUACAAAUCCUGUUCUCAAAGUUCACUCUUCCUUGAAAUGUUUUGGAAAAUCCUGCCCUGCCCAGAGUGUUUAGACAAUCUAUCUAUUAUUUUAUCAUACCCAUUUUUUGGUAUUUCAUAAAAUGUUUUUGUGUUUAUACUGGCUCUUCUGCUUUAUCAAUAAAAAAUUUAACCUUGCUA